AAAUGAGAAGAUUUGUGCGUCACAAAGUGUGCUCAGGUCAAGUGGUAGUCUAAACAUUUCUGGUAAAAGAAAAUUUAGUGAAAUCAAUGAUGGAGAUCAGGGAGAGAAUGCUGAAGUUGAGCAGAUGACACCAAAAAUGGAGACCAAAAGGUCAAGGUCAAGGUCAAUGACACCUUCACUGAAACUAGUGAAAACUGAGGACGCUAGUUCUCCUGCAGGUGUGGACAUACAUGUACCUAAGGGAUACAGCAAGUGUGGCAUGUGUAACUAUAUGUCAAAGUUCAAGGCCAAUGUGACACGUCAUGAGAGAAGCAUACAUAAGAUCAACAUAGAGGGCAGCACCUUGGUAACAGCUCAGUAUAUGUGCGCCCUCUGUGAAUAUAGGUCCAUGUACAGGGCAAAUCUUGUUCGCCAUGAGAAGACUGUACAUAAGAUUUCCAGUUCUAAUGCAGACAUAGAAAGCAGAAAAAUUCAGGUUGUUCAAAAUGGUGAUGGUUCCUCAUUUACUGAUGCAGAUGUGAAUAAUUUUGAAACAGAGACGGGGAACCAACUUUUUAUGAAUCAGACUGGUUCUGAGAUAGAAAAUAUUGGGAACAAGUCUUUUGACAACAUUAGGGAACCAGACCUCAGUAUUUCUCAGAUUAAACAAAAUUAUGAUCUCUCUGAUGCUAAAAUAGGGUACCAGACUGUCAGAAAUGAUGGGAAUGAUUCUAGUACUGAAAGUUUUGAAAACCAGUCUAAUAUUGAAUCACCAGUAGAUGUUGAUGGAUGUCACAUUUGUAACUAUUGUCAAUUACUGUUUAAUUCUAAAUCUAAACUUUUGGAACAUGUUGAUGAUGCUCAUUUAAAAUCAGAUCUGGUAAACUGUGAAAAAAUGUUUGAAAGUGAGACUGGUCUGCAAACAAAUACUGUUACCCAGAAUGCUCCAAAACAGGAAGUUUGCAAAUGUGGGAAAGCAUUUCAGUAUAGAGCCAGUCUGAUUAGACAUGAGAGAAAGUGUGAAUUUUGGACAACCAGUGAGAAAAAUAACAGCCCAGGAGAGCAUCCUGAGAUGUCCGAAGCUGAUACAGUUAAAGUAAAUGAUGAGCAUGACACAAACUCAACAGUGACUGAAAGUGGAGAGAGUAACAUUGAACAGAACUUUGAGAAAAUUUGAAUUAAUAAAUAAGGAUUCCAGGGUUAUGUUUUCUUGACAGCAACAUUCAUAAAUCAGUAUUUUAACAUUGUUUGUAUUACGCCAUGAUUUUUUAACAAAUGCGGACACAUAUUUUUCAAAAAGAUUGCAAACAUUUCUUAGAUGUAUUUAAUAUUAAGAUAUAAGUAAUGUAAUGAUGAUUUUUUUUCUAUAUUUAUAUGUCAUAAAUGUCAUGUUAUUAAAAUGUUGGUUUUUUACAUGUACUUUUAUGUGAUUUGAAACAGAACCUGUUAUCUGUUCUACUACUAUUUAUAACCAUUAUUUAAUAUUCCAAAGAUUUUUAAUGACAUGUUGCAGCUAUUUUCCUUUAAAUUUGUGACAAAUAUAUAUAUAUAUUAUAUGUGCAUUAUUAUUUUGUACUGUAGAACUGGUUUUAUUCGCGUUGGAUGAUUUUUUUUUCUAAUUUUUGCUAAUAUUUGCUUAUCAUUUUCUUCACGAAUUCAAGUGUCCUAAAUAAAUAUGAUGACCUGAAAUUAGGAAUAUCUUACUUUAUUCAGGAACACUUUUGAUUUUGAAUAUGAUAAUGAAGAGGAUUGAAGACUUUUUAAAAAAAGAACAAACAAUUGAAAUAUUGAAACUGAAAGUGUUGUAUAGUAUUCUGUUAAAAUAUUUUUCUACAUUGUAUAUUACUGAUAGGUAUAUUACCUAUAAAUUGUGACAAUGAUUAUAUACAUGUAGCAGGUAUACAUGCUACUAGCUACCUCUAAGGAUUACAUGAUGUAAUAUUUACAAUAUGCCUUAUUCCCACCUGUGUGAUGAAUUAGAAACAUGUGUAUAUAAAAAUAUUAAAAUAGA